UGGUUGUGUGGUGGUUGCGGUGGUGACGCCGUGAACGGGAGCCUCGGUGGAGGCGGGGCGAGAACAGCCUCCCACCGAGCCCGGUCACAGCGCCACGGGCGGAGACACACAGCCGGACAGCCCGCGGGACAGCUGCUCCGGGCUCACUAGCCUCUCUUCGUCAUCCUCCUCCCUCCUCAUCAUCAUCCUCGUCCUCCUGGUGUCUGCUCCAUGGCCGCCCUCCCGUCGCUGUCCGCGCUGCUGCUGCUGCUGCCGCUGGCCGCCGCGUUCAACGUGGACACGCGCCUUGCCGUGGUGAAGGAGGGCGACUCGGGCAGCCUCUUCGGGUUCUCCGUGGCGCUGCACCGGCAGCUGAAUCCCAUCGAUCGGAGCGUGUUACUGGUGGGAGCUCCGAGAGCAAAGGCCCUUCCCAAUCAGCACGCCAACCGUACCGGCGGGGUCUACCAGUGUCCCUUCACCACCAACACCGACGACUGCCAGAGGAUCAUCUUCGACAAUGACGCUGAUCCGAUGAUUGAAAGCAAACAAGACCAGUGGAUGGGUGUCACUGUGAAGAGUCAGGGGCCUGGAGGGAAGGUGCUGGCUUGCGCGCACCGCUAUGAGACGCGACGCUUUGUGGGGCAGCCCGAGGAAACGCGGGGCAUGAUCGGUCGCUGCUACGUGCUCAGCCAGGACCUCAUGAUGAACGAGCAGGAUGAGAUGGACGGAGGGAGCUGGCAGUUUUGUGCCGGCAGGCCUGAUAGCCACGAACAGUUUGGAGUCUGCCAGCAGGGCCUCGAUGCUGGGUUCACACGUGACUUCCACUACAUCUACUUUGGGGCUCCCGGCGCUUACAACUGGAAAGGAAUUGCUCAUGUUGCACAAAGGAACUCGACAUUUUAUGAACAGGGCAUCUUUGACGACGGACCUUAUGAGACUGGAGAUGAAAGGUGGAAAGAUGAGAAACUGGUCCCUGUGGCCUAUAACAGCUACUUAGGGUUCUCCAUGGACUCCGGCAAAAGUGUUAUGGUCAGAAACGUGCUGAGCUUCGUGGCGGGAGCACCGCGGGCAAACCACACGGGAGCCGUGGUCGUGCUGAAGAAAGACUCGCUGAGCAGCCUCACGCCGGAGCAGACCAUCUACGGCGAGGAGCUCGCCUCCUCCUUCGGCUACGAUGUGACGCUGGCUGACCUCAACAACGACGGGUGGCUGGACCUGGUCGUGGGAGCUCCUCAAUACUUCGACCGGAGGGAGGACAUUGGAGGGGCAGUGUAUGUCUACAUGAACCAACAGGGCGGCUACGAUGAGCACAACUUUAUCCGCCUCAAUGGCACCAAGGACUCCAUGUUUGGCCUUGCCGUGGCCAACAUUGGUGACAUAAACCAAGAUGGCUUUGAGGACAUCGCUGUGGGCGCUCCCUACGAUGGAUCCGGGAAGGUGUUCAUCUACCACGGAGGCAGGAUGGGCAUCAACCCGAAAGCUUCUCAGGCAAUAAGUGGGGAUGACUUCAACUACAAGGUGGAGAAGUUUGGUUACUCCAUCACCGGAGGGAUGGAUGUGGAUGGGAACACAUACCCGGAUCUCCUCAUCGGUUCACUGUCAGACAAAAUUGCUCUGCUCAGGGCUCGUCCUGUCAUUACUCCCAACAUCCUGGUGACAUCUGACAAAGACAUCGACAUCAACGUGAAGAACUGUGACAAUGACAAGAGAAUUUGCAUAAAGGUGAAGGCUUGUUUCUCAUAUAGAGCCAAACCUGUGAAUUACAACCCGAUCAUUAACUUGACGUACACGUUCGAGGCGGAGAUGGACCGCAGGAAGCAGGGGCUGGGCUCGCGCGUCUCCUUCCUACACCGGGGCUCGAACUCGCCUGAGGAGUACGUACUGAGCGGCUCGCUGCUGCUGAUGGGGCAGGGGCGGGAGAGGUGCGCAGAGAAAACCAUGCAGCUGCAGGAGAACAUAAAGGACAAGCUGAGACCAAUCCCCCUGCAGCUGACAUAUGAGAUCAGCCAGGUUGUGAAGACGAAGAGGCAGGCCACCCCAUCCCUGCAGCCUGUGCUGGACGCCCAGGUUCCCAGCCGCAUGAAGACCGAGAUAAACUUUGUCAAGGAGGGUUGCGGUCCAGACAACAUUUGCCAGAGCAACUUAAUUCUCAAGUACAAUUACUGCUCCAGAGAGGAAAACGACAAGUUUAAAUCCCUCAAAAGCAUGUCAGGCCAGCAGGUGUUCUCCCUGAGUGACCAGAAGGACCUGGCCCUGGAGGUCUCCAUCAGCAACACGGGCGACGACGCUCACGAGGCGCACUUAAUCAUGAACCUGCCUGACACCGUCAGCUACGGAGGCUUCCGCAAAAAGACUGUGCCAGAGGAGGUUCAGCUGGUGUGCGUCGCCAACGCCAACGGCUCGCUGGCCGACUGCGAGCUGGGAAACCCGCUCAAGCGCGGCCAAACGGUGUCAUUUUACCUGAUCCUCAGUACCUCUGGAAUAACUCUGGACACAUCGGAAAUCAGCACGGCUCUGCUGCUCACCACGACGAGCGAACAGCCAGAUCUGAGCGCGUUGUCGGCCAAGCUGAAGGUGGUCAUCGAGCUGGCGCUUACGGUCACGGGCUUCACCAAGCCGUCCCAGGCGAAAUUUGGAGGGGAGAUCAGGGGAGAGUCGGUGAUGAAGACAGAGGAAGACGUGGGAAGCCUUAUAGAGUACGACUUCAAAGUUUUAAACUUGGGCAAGUCUCUGGGAUCUCUGGGCAGCGCCUUCAUCAGCAUCUCGUGGCCGGCUGAGAUCCCCAAUGGCAAGUGGCUGCUCUACCUCGUGAGCGUGGAGAUGGUGGGCACGCGGGAGACGCACUGCAAGCCAUCGGUCAACCGCAUCAACGAGCUCGGCCUCCAGAGCGUGCGGCAGAAGACAAAGCGACAGGCGCCAGAGCCGUCACCCCCCGCUCAGAAGGUGGCUCCAGAGAUAAGUCCGUCCAACGACAAGCGGCGAUCGCUCAAGCUGGACUGUCGGGACGGCACAGCUCGGUGCUACACCCUGCAGUGUCCGCUCACAGCCAUGGACAGUGUCGCUGAGAUCAAGCUGCGGGCGCGUCUGUGGAACAGCACCUUCCUGGAGGAGUACUCCCACCUGGACCAGCUGGAGAUCAUAACGAGAGCUAAAGUUGGCAUCUUGUCUCAAAGUCCCAACAUUGUGAUGAAAGACGCCAGGCCUGAUGGCUAUCCAGUGCGGCUCACGGUGUUCCCCGAGAAGACGGCGCCGCUCUACCACAGCAUCCCGUGGUGGAUCAUCCUUCUGGCCGUGCUGGCAGGCGUCCUGGUGCUCGCACUUCUCGUCUUCCUCCUGUGGAAGUGUGGAUUUUUCAAGCGCUCGCGUUAUUACGACACGGUGCCGCAGUACCACGCCGUGCGCAUCCGCAAGGACGAGCGGCAGCCGCGCGAGGCGGCGGCGGCGCCUCAUCGACAACACAAGAGAAGGGAGUGGGUGACGACCUGGAACGAGCGGGACACGUACUACUGAGCACCCGGAGGCCAUCCCCACGGUCCCGCCAGCAACCACCUCCUGCCCCACCCCCCACCCCACCCCACCCCCCCCAUUAUACAAUUACAUAAGGGGGCAACACCGAUGCGGCGCCCCUUCUCAAUCGGAGCCCCCUUCAACCCCACCAGUUGCUCUGUCUAAGCACCGGUUAGCAGUCGAUAACUACUGUCAAGGGCGAUUUCUCAGCAAUGGCUUCAAGAAAAUUCAAAGCUGCACCUCGUCGUGUUCCCUUGCUGACCUGAUGCUUCACUGUUGCUGCAAGAAUCGCUGGGAUGGAAACUGCUCGACUCCACACUAGUUGGCCAAUUUCUUUGGGCGCUUUUUUUCUGUUAAAUUCAGCAUAAAAGCUGCAGAGGCAGUUUCAUCUUACACACGUGUUAAGAAAUUUCCAAAAUCUGGUGGAUAUUUUGGGAUUUUUUUGUAUUACGUUGGGACGUGUUUAGCUGGGCUGUCACCAGUAUUUUGCUUAAAUGAACACUACAAGUGGUCAUUUUGACGAAUGUGAUUAAAGCUUCUUCUUUGACAGGCUAAGAAUAAUAAUAGGUUAGUUGUAUCCAGAAUUACACCAUUAACUGCGUUGCUUUUUUCUCUUAUAUAUACAAGAUAGAAUAUAACUGCCAAAGGCUCUUUUUUGGGCCGAAAUCUUAUCACAAUGUUUUGUGAAAAAAUUGUGUAUAUUUGUGUUAAAAGAAAUCCAAUGGUUGCAGUUACAGGCUACUGUGGUAUAAUUUAGAGGCUUGGCUUGUACGAUCGAUACGAGGGGACACGUAAUUGGCUUUGUUACUCAUGAGCGAUGAAGUACUUGGACGUGUGCAAUAGCAGACAUGCCACUAAAGUUGCCGUGCCUUUGCUUACCGAAGACUUUACGUGCCGUGGUACUGUUCCUUUCGCUUUAGUCAUACAAAUGUAGAGCCUAAACUUUUGUAAAUAUGCUACCUUAGGAAUUAAGAACGCGUACGGUACUUCUGGGCAGGCAAAAUCACAGUGUGAUCAACUACAUUGCAUUUUUGAUGUACAAUAAUGCGGCACUGCAUUGCGUAAAGUGUAAUCCGAUGUCGCACAAUUGUUAAAGUGUAAUAAUUAUACGACGUCGAUGACAGCAGCAACGUAAACGAUUCUUCAUUUCGGCUUCACUACUGAUACCCACCUACCAAACACACACACGCACACUUAAGACGAGCUAUUAUACGCAUCUUCGUGGACUGUUAUUGCAGCAGUGCCGAGCCGUUGCCAUUAACGUGGAUUCAUGCAAUGGACAGUGGAAAUAUCGAGCUGUUGUUUGAAAAAAGAAACCACGGGAACGCAAGGAAUGGUGAACCGUGUUGUUGAGGUACAGUGCAGCCGACACGGCAAACUGUGCUGGAAUGUAAAGACGAACGAACCCUCCUUAUCUUUGUGCGUCCCAACAAUACGAGGGGGGCUCGGCCGGCACUGUCAGGCAAACGUGAAAACAGCAGAAAUAAUCCCAGCAACGUUAAACGCCGUUCAUUGUUCACGAAGCCACGCCACGAUGUGGCUUCGCAGCCCGGUUAACACCAACCCGAGCAAACAAAAAGCGAUGUGCCUGAACUGAAGGAAAUCCAACAUUGGUGCUAUGGGGACAGCACUCGGUGUAUAGAAUGCAACUUCAUGAAUGUAAAGUUUUGACCUAAAUGUUGUAACUUACUGGAUUUCUUUUUUUACUCUUAACUGAUGUGAAACUGUCAGCAGUUCACUGGUAUACCUAUAAUGUAUAAUUAUAGCGAUGGGAUUUCACGAGCUUAGCACGAGGGAUUUCAAUUUGCAAAAAACAUUUUAUUCAAAGUGUAAACUUUACGUUAUGCACUGGUUAAGCUGUUUGCUGUUUAAAUGUACAGAAUAAAUAAAGUAUUUGUAUGAUUAGUAUG